UUCCCUCGCCAACGUGACCGAUAUGGCAAACAUGGCAAACAUGGCAAACACGGCAAACAUGGCAAACAUGACAAACGCGUCAAACACAGCCAUGACGAAUACGGCAGGUGCUAUCCAGCAACGCCUUCAGUCUCGCCACGCCAACGACGAAUACACAGUGGGAUGGAUCUGUGUUCUACCAGUUGAGUUUGCAGCUGCCAAGGGCAUGCUGGACGAGAUCCACGGAGAGCCACAGACUCUACAAGCCAAUGCCGAUGACAACCCGUACCUGUUGGGCUGUAUCCGCCAGUUCAAGGUGGUGAUCGCUUCCCUACCGCUACACGAACUCGGGGCUUCCUCUGCAGCCUCUGUCGCCAAAGCGAUGCUCUUCACCUUCCCAAAUAUCCGAGUCGGGCUGCUUGUUGGUGUCGGCGGUGGCAUUCCAGACAACUGCUACGACGACGACGAUGAGGGAGAAGAGGAGGAAGAGGAGGAUCCAGAAGAGAUGAUCUGCCUUGGCGACGUCGUGAUCAGCAGCAGCCCAAAGACUGGCGGCGUGGUCGUCUAUGACUUUGGAAAACAACUGGCUGACGGGUCCUAUGAGAGUCUUUCCGUCCUGAACCGCCCGCCGAGAUCGCUGACCGCCGGGCUUACAAAACUACAAGCAGAGCAUGAGAUGAACGGGAGCAAAGUGGUGGAGUAUAUUGAAGAGAUGCUGAAUAAAAACCCCUUCAUGAGGAAGGGAUUCGCGUUUCCUGGCCGGUCGCUUGACCGACUCUUUCGACCGGACUCCCCACACAUUGCGGGUGAAAAGACCUGCCGGAACUGUGACAAGACGAGGCUGGUGGUUCGGAAGCCACGCUUGGAUGAUGCCCCGAGAAUCCAUUACGGCACAGUUGCCUCCGGAAGGGUGGUAGUCAAGGACCCGGUCAUGCGCGACCAGAUCCGGGACAAACACGGAGCAAUCUGCCUCGAGAUGGAAGCAGCAGGCUUGAUGAACAUCUUUCCCUGUGUGGUAAUCCGUGGCAUCUCGAACUAUGCCGAUUCCCACAAGAAUGAUUCCUGGCAGCGUUAUGCUGCCGCUGCCGCGGCAGCGUGUGCUAAGGAGUUUCUGGGUUGUGUCCAGCUGAAGAGUAUCGACAGGAAACCUGCAGCGAAGGACUUUUUGAACACAGGUUAGAUUAUAGCCUCCCAAAGUCUCUCAUCAAUAGUAUAGGACAGGACGCGAGUAUGAGUUGAGUUCUAGUUCACGAGGACGUCGUGAAAGUCGGCAAAUUUUCAACAACGGAGCAGACGCGGCAGAUCCUUGAAUGGCUCACACCUAUGGACUUCGAAGGCAUUUGGAACGAUCUUUCGCCGUGAGCAUCGACAACGCUGUGCUGGCCAAGAAGUUCCUUGAAUCUGAGCUUCGCCCUGUCAUUUCGACCGAACUUGUGCAGCAGAUUUUCAAGCGAGCAGUAGAUCUUGGCUAUUGCAGUAUUGUGGAGCUCGUGCUGGAGGAGUGGCCAGAUGCAAUAAUUGAAUAUGUCAGUAUUGCUUCACUGGUAUUGCGUGCAGUAGAAAAGGGACACAUUUAAUUAGUGAGGCUUUUUAUGUUUCACUCAAAACAUGAAGCUAAACCAAUUCAUUAAAUAAGGAGUCUCAAUAAUCGCUGCAUGGGGCUGUCUUGCAAG